AUGGGUGCUCCAGUGGUGUAUGUUUCACCGGCUCUACAUGUCGACCUUACUUCUUAUCUGGCUACCGAAUUUUUUAUCAGUGAUGUAGUCGUUCUGAAGAAAUCAUCUGGACACUUGGCUGACAUUGAAGCUCGAAUUGAUCAUGCAGCAUUCGAAAAGCAAAUUGAUGAGGACUGUGCAGCUGGAAAGAGACCACUGAUUGUGAUUGGGGUUGUUGGCUCACAAAUUCUUGGACAGAAUGAUAUAAUAAGUCAUCUUUUGGAAAUAAGAAAGGCCAAGAACCGUUUUUGGAUACAUGUUGUUGGGCAGGUAAGCAACCUUUUGAAUGUUUAUAAAAUGGGAUACGCUUACGUUGUCUGGUUUUGUCUGUGA